CUUCUUUCUAGAGAAAGAAAUGUCUGAAUUUCAUUCAAAUAAUUUUAACAGUAAACACUCUCGAAACAAUCGAAUCCAUCUGAAGUUGUCCGCUAUAAAUCAGUUCUCCGUCGAGAUCGUUACUAGGAUGGUCGAUCGAUAGUAUAAAAAUUUUCAAUACGCGCACAACGUGAACUCGCGACGCUACCCCCCUUCGUUUUCCUAUCGUUCGGAAUAACCAAAUUUUUCCAUUUUUCUUUUCUUCUCGCUGCAUUUUUAGACUAUCGAUAUCUAAAUUGCUUCUAAAAAUCCAUCGGAAUCCAAAAUGUCAUCAUCGGGAUACAAUAAAUUCGCAAUGGACGAAAUGAAAUUCCGUGGCGAAGACAGUCAUCAUCAUUGCUCGGACGCACAAGGCAAUAAUAGAAACUCGCGGCCGACAUCCAAGGCUCAGGCGACGAAUUCGAGCGCCCCCGAUGCGGGCGGAAAGUCGCAGAUUCGGUUCACGCCGCAGAUGCUGCAGGAUCAGGAGCUGCUGGUGAGCACCAUGAGCCAGCAGGGCAUACCCGAGACACUGAUCAAGCGCCACUUCGAUCGUCUGCUCGAGGAGCAGUGCAAGCAGAUCCAGGUACUGGAGACGUCGUGCCUGGUGCAGGAGCAGCCGAUCAACAACAAUAAUCACCGGCUCAGCGGUGGUGGCGAGGCGUUCUAUCGCGAGCAGCAGCAGCAGCAGCAGCAAGCUGUCGAGCAACAACGACAUCAGAUGCAGUAUCAUCAUCAGCAGCAACAGCAGCAACAGGAGGAAGAGGGUGUCGAUACGCGGCCCGCCGAACCACAUCAGCAGCAGCAGCAGCAGCCAAAGCCACGUCUCGAGCCGUCGAGCCUCGUGCGUAUGCGCCUGGAGAAGGAGGCGAAGCUGCUCUCCCACAAAAACAACGGCCUGCAGGAGCUGGCUGUGGCCCAGGAAAUUCUCAGCAGCAACAAGUACGGCCACCUGUCGCGCAACCAGUGCCGACUCGACGGCACCCAGGACAGCGAGGACAUGGACAGGAUCUCCCGAGAGAUGGGCCUCAGGCACGAGCAGCAGGAGCGCUCGAGAAAGAAGCCCUCGUCCAACGGCCUGGAGAACUCGCGCAGAGCCGGCAAUCCACCGCCCAAUUCGCGAUCGCACGCACUGAGGCAGCUUCUGCUCGCCCAGGAGCAGCCCGUCGUGUAUCCGCCCCAGAGAGGCGACUCGUCGAUCUACUGCAACAGACAGCGGGAGCUCGGCUGCUGCGAGCAGCCACAGCAGCAGCAACAACAACAGCCACAGCAACAGCCACAGACUUACGCCAACGAGCAGCAUAAGCGGCAGGAGGUGUACGAGCUACAGAAGAUGCAGCAACAUCAUCAGUUCCAAACAAUGGAACAACAACAGCGACAACAACUACAACAACAACAGCAUCAGCAACAGCAGCAACAACCACAACCGACUGCGGCUCCGAUGUAUCAGCAACAACAGCAGACUCACUCGAACGACCUGCUCGAGCCGAGGAUCAUCGGUGGCGUGACGUACCUCGCGAGAAAGCAACAGUGCAUACCGCAAAUACCGGGCUUCAUAAGCGACGAUUACAGCAACGUCCGGGCGACCACCAUCUGAAUGUUUUUAUUCUCUUCAAUUUUUUUGCU